UUGCUUACUGUUUGACAUUUUAAUAAUAAUCAACCACGCUUUGUUUUGACAUUUAAUACUCCAACUGUCACUGAAGCGUUGCCGUGCGAGCGAGCACGAUAUACGAAUCCGUGUAAGUCUGAUAAGGACAGCUGCGCGGCGGCGCUGUGGCUUCCCGCCGUCCCCCGUACGACAGUCGCGCUCAGUUCGUUUUGCUUUGCUUGCUGUGCGUAGUUCAAGGAAGAAUUAUUUUGUUUGAACGUUAUCCAAUCGGUUAUUCGUGACUUUUGGACUGUUGGUGAACUUUGUUAGUGAUAUACGUGUGAUUGAGUGUAAAAAACAAUAUUCGGAUGGAUUGAGUGUGUAACGAUGUUACCUCCUACGGCCGGCAUAGCACAAGAGCAACGCGACCGGCCCGAAAUGGCGUAUCAGCAGCGUCGCGACGUUAGGGAGCUGACCCGGGAGAUCAUCAGGGAUGCGGCUCGAGCAGCCAACAGACAGCAGUCAAUGUCGCCUGGAGCUCGAGAGCGUUUCAACUCCACAUCAUCCACAGACGACAACGAGAGCGGCACCGACGGCGAGGCCGACCGCUCGCGUCGCGCCAGCGUUGUCCUAGGUCAACCCGGCCCGCCGCCCGGCAUCGUCUCCAUUCGCAAGCGACGCGGCAACCUGCCCAAACACUCCGUCAAGAUAUUAAAGCGAUGGCUAUACGAUCACAGAUACAAUGCGUACCCGAGCGACGCCGAGAAACUGACUCUCAGUCAAGAAGCCAGUCUCACUGUGCUCCAAGUAUGCAACUGGUUCAUAAACGCCCGCCGCCGCAUCUUGCCAGAGAUGAUACGACGCGAAGGUCACGACCCUCUCCACUACACUAUAUCACGUCGUGGCAAAAAGCAACCAGGAACACCCACUGCCGGCUCCUCUGGGCAACAGGUGGCCUGGGACACUGUCGAACUGGAGAUCCAGAACGAGGGCAACCCCCGUGAAGGAGAAUACGCCGAGGGUGACGGACUUCUCGUCUACCGUAGCGACGGUGAAUUGGGAGAGGAAGGAUAUUCGUCAUCCGCUGUUAGCGAGGAGGAGGUCAAAUACGAUCCCUCUGUGUGGCAGAGCGUCAUACGUUACGGGCCGGAGGACACACACCCGGCUACUAGAGGCACUGCAGCUGUGGUGACCGUGACGACAUCAGAGGAGGAGGAGCAGGCGGCGGAGGCGGCGCGUGCGAGCGGGACGAGUGCAGGGGGCGGGGGCGGCGGGGGCGGGGCGGGAGGCUGGCACCCGCAGCUCGCGCACCUGCCGCAGCUGCCGCACCCGCUGCGCACGCGCAGGCUGCAGGUGGUCCCCAGCUCUUCAGAGGGCGAGCGAGACAAGUUCAAGUGUCUCUAUCUGCUGGUUGAGACAGCCGUCGCGGUCCGCCAACGCGAGAAAGAGCAGGAAGAGGUACCUGUCUAGUGCGCAGAUAACGUGAAACACAUCGCCGCUACCCAGCGGCGGCAAGCGCAGUGCCGCUAAACGGAAUUGUAUCUUCUGGCUAUUAACAUAAGUACUAUUUCACCUAUUCCCGCCCAUCCUAUACAAACACUCGAUAGAAAUAUAUUAUCUAUCGAUAUAUCUUUAAACCGAGUGUUUUCACUAUUAUAAUUAGUGAUAUUAUGACUCUAAACGCAUUGUUGCUAAAUUGUAUUAGUGACAAGUAAAAGUAUAAUUAAAAUUUGUCAAAUUACGAGUAGGAUUGGAAAUGUGUGCAGUUAUGCGAUGUACAGACGUAACAAUUAGGUUGGAAACUAAAAGCUUUAUGCAGAUGGCGCCACUAUCGCCAAACUAUAAAAAUAAUUCCGGCGCCAUAUGUACAAUUUCUACUGACAAACUGACUGUGCUAGAGUAUAUGUUACUCUAUAGUUUACGGUUUGUGCUAAUUUUAUUUUAUUUUAUUUUAUUUAUUUGGCUCACAAAACAAGUUACAGACAAUUUCAGAAAUUAAUACAAUAUUAGCAUACAGUUCAGAUCUAGACUAUAACUCUAAGCAUGUGUGCACAGAAGGAUUAGAAGAUUUAGUUACAAUUUAUUGCUAGGGAGGUGAGAUGCCAUUUCUACACAAGAUUAUGGACAGAAAAGUAAAAUAAACAGUAGCAAGAUCCAGUUUACAGAGUUGCGUGCGCUAGUAAUUAAUCUACCUAAGUCUAAAACUAAAACUAAAUUAUACUAAAUAUUUUCAACUAAUUAAUUAAUCAAAAAGCGUUUACGGAAAUUACAAUUAUGAACGCAGCCUAUGGACACAAAAUUUUGCGGAUUUUAUUUUGCUAAUGCUGCACUCUGGCGGCAGAACAUUAUAGUAAUACUCGCUAUUCGUAGACGCGCUCUGUAGUGAGCAAUCGUCAUUUUUCAACCCUAAAUUGCAAUCACUUGUCGAUCCAAUUUGCAAUUCUGUCUUUACCGUAAGGGCACACAGGGCCCCGAAGGACAGACAGUAAAAUCAAAGUUUCUGAUUACCCAUAAUAAAUAGAAGAUCAUAGUAGAAACAUAUUAAGUCACAUUUGAAUUCGGGUCUAUCGCGAAUUCAUUUUGUUACCUUUAUUUACCGACGUUUCGACACAGGUUUCACUGGUCGUGGUCGCGGCUAACUGAUGUCCCAGCAAAAUGUCAAAACAGAGAUUUGUGUGACUACCCGACGAAAACCCGACCCCACCCCCCGAUUCAAAUGUGAUCUAAUGUGUUCGAAACGCGAAAGUUUUAAAUGUUAUAUAGUAGAAACAUGUUAGUUUAGCUUCGCUUUCUUUACUUUCCAAAAAGGGCCCCAAAUUCUUGAGUGUCCAAGGUCCCAGCAUAGUUAAGACGGCCUUGCAAAUCUGUCUGAGUCAGAUAUCGAUCGAGGAUCGUCCCUUUUAGCUCAAGAUUAUAACAUCAAAUUGCUACAUCUGUACAUCCCUUUAUACGCGGUUCAAAGUUGUGAAAUACAUAAUGUAUUCAGUAGUAAUGGAGGCCAGAAAAGAUAGUGUUAUUAGUGGGGCGCAUUUAAAUAAUUAAAUAUAACGUCCUUUUCUACCCUUUAUUUAAUUGGAUUCAUCAUGGACAAGUAAAACAAAAAGACUGACAUCGUCUAUAUAAAAUCACGUUCUUUCUUCAGGCUAUUGCCAGAUGGCGACACUAACGCAGAGCAGGUCUCGGUUCAAUCCAUUUUAAAAUUAUUUUAAACGGACUACUUGCGUACCUAUAUAAACAGACGAAUUUGACCCUUGUGACCCUUUUGAGAAUCUUCGAUAGUGUAUACGUCGAGCGUUCGAUCAGUAGAGACGGGGCAGUCUGUCUCUAUUCAAAGCAUUGUAUUGCCCCUCCUACCUUCACGACAGGGAUGUUGUGGAUGCCGAUUUUUUGACAUCCGCGGAGGCGGAUGCGGAUUUUUAAAGGCUCACAUCCGCGGAUACGGAUGCGGAUGUCGAGGUUAGGCACAUAAAAAACGUCAAAUAUUACACUUUAGUAAUUUUUAUAAAAAAAAACCGAAACAGUAUUUGAACAAGAAUAUAGGUGCCCCACAAUCGCAUUACUAUACUAAAGUCCAAAUAAUAGUGGAUUGUGUCACAAGGGAGCAAAAUGACAUAUUUACGGCGAGGGCGUACAAUUGAAUCCUAAACGAAGCGAAGGAUUCUAUAAUAGAAUCCUGAGCGUAGCGAGGGAUUCUAACAUAGAAUCUUGAGCGUAGUGAGGGAUUCAAGUGUUAACGCCCAAGGUGAAAAUAAUUUUGCUACCAUGUGACACAUACUGCUUUUCACAUCACCUAUGAGGAAAUUGCAUACAUAUAUUAGGUUUCAAAACAUUACUAUUUUAAGCAAAUAUCGAUACGGACAAAGUGCCAAAAAUAUGUAUACACGACCUUAGUGUAGGUACAUACUUCUGGCACUUUGUACGUAUCGAUAUUUUCAGACGUGACUGUACUGACAAAUUAAAAGUACCUACAGCUCAUAAUUAUGUAGCUAAUAUUUUUUCAAAGACAGCAGCAAACACCUAAAAUGAUACAAUGAAAAUCAAGUACAUUAUUUUUGUAGAUUUUUCUGGUAACAAAUUAGCUCUUACCCCUUUGAACCAAAUCUUCGAAAGAACACUAUGAAGACUGAUAUCACUUAUAUUUAUUAGUAUAAAGUUGUUGAUUUAAACUAAGUAUUUACAAAUUUAUACACAAUACAGAACCGCAUAAUUAUGCUUUGUGAAAUAUUUGUACAAAACUUUUUAAAUGUAAACUUUUUAAAUUGCAUCGACAAGUAUGGCUGCGUUUAAGGAGACCUAAAAUAAAAAUUAAAUUAUUAAACUAAUGUUUUUUGUAUAUACUACUCUAAUUAAUUAAUUUACUUAAUUUAAAUAUGCUAUUAAUUAAUUUAAAAUACGCUAAUUACAUUUAUUUUUUACAAUUACAACAAAAUAUUAUUUAAGUUAGAAAAAUUGUAUGCACGUAAUCGAUUAUAAAGAAAUUGUAAUCGAUUAUAUGCAUACUAAUUUCAUGUCUUUGUGUCAAUAUGUCAGAAAAGUGCCACUUUGAUCCCUCCUAGCAGGGAAGAAAAGUUCCCUUUUCGAAUAGGUGAUGUGAAAAACAAAUUAUUCACUUCUUGUCGCUGUCCGUCAUAGGCUAAAGUGCUCGAUCGACGAAUCACAAAAACGAAACGAGAUUCCUAUUGGCUAAUGACGAAAUUACCUAGCACUUAUGCCGCCACUAAGACGUUCCUGUACCUACCUGUUCCACAUCCGCAUCCGCAUUAAGCUCCGCAUCGAUUUUAUGCGGAUGCGGAUGUUGAAAAUAAUGCGGAAGUUUCGCGGUUGCGGAUGCGAAUAUUCACAACAUCCCUGCUUCUCAUAAUAAAUUCUACUUAGUUAUAAUUAUUAACAUGUUAAGAUAAGUAAGGCACUGAUAGAAUUUAGGAUUUUAAAUUGUAAUUUGACAUUUUUAUUACCAAUAAUCUAGUAUAACCUAAUACACAACAAAAAACGACAUUGAUUAAUUAAAAUAAUAAUUAUUAAUAAAUUGACAAAUCAAUUAAUUUUAUUUUAUUUUUAAUGUAGUGUGCAAUUUAAAUAAAUAUUUUAAUUAUUAAAUUAACCAUUUCUCAAUAUAGUGUCCUAUAUUAACUUAUAAGACUUGCUGAUAUUUUAAUUGUGCUCCACUCGAAGAUCCUCAAAACGGGUCAAAACAUGUUUUCAUCGAUAUUUGACAAGUUUUGAAUCGUAUCGUAUCCUACUUUUGCACUACAUAUAGAAUUAUAAGACAAACGGCUAUCGGUUCUUCAAUCUUUUAUCUCCAUUUUUGUCUACCGGAUUUUGAAAGAAAUUAAUACUUAUUAAUUUAUGAUUUUUUACACAUUGUCUAAAAAAAACACUUUUUUCGUAUUUCUGUGAAACAUCUUACAUAUACGAAAUCAACAUAUUUGCGUUCGCCUUUAACGUCUCUAAAAAUAAUAAAAAAAUGUCUAAGGUUUUAAUUUUAAACUAAUUAACACAAAAGUUAUGGCCAUAAAACCCGAUUUUUGGCCUGAAAUUGUUCAACUUUGAUGCCAAAUAUCUCGAAAACAAUGAACUUUGAAGUAAAAAUGGGAUACUAUAUUGCUUUAGCUUGAUUUAGACGUUGCUAUCAUUUUCAAUUUAUACAAACAAAUUGACACAAUAAACAUGACCCUAUGUGUCAGUGUCAACACUGUCAAAUAAAAAUGCACUAAACAUGACGGCACUGCAAAUCCUGCCAGGUCGGCCAGGCAACGUCGCCAACGUCAUAGAGUGGCAACGCCGCACGCAACGUAUUUGUACACGACAUUUGUGACACACACAUACGUAAAAUUGAUGAAAAAAUUACGUUGAUUUAUGUAUGAUUUCUGUAUGAAACAAAGUUUUUCUAUUAAUUUAGCGCAAACGAAUAUUCAAAAGUAGAUAAAUGAGCAAAUAUUUGUGUAGUAAUAGUGUGUAGUGCCUUAAUUAAAGCAGAUUGAAUUUUGUAUGAAAAUCGAACCACCUUAAUAUGAUAAGCUACAAAAAAAUAUUAGAAAACUAAGGGAUUCGGAUCGAAGGUCAUUGGGGAUGGGGCACGGGAUCCCCUUAAUAAUACGUUCUUCAAAUGUGCCAUUCCCAAUCAAAAGGGUACUUAUUGUCGGUUUUCAAUAAGGCGCUAUUUCCAUAUAGCAUUAAUUUGAAAUCAACCUUAUCGACAAGCGACAAUGUGGUACCUUUUGGUUGAAAACGUCACAAAUUUAGAAUUAGAAGGAACGCGGCUUUGUAUAGACUUGUUUUUUUUUUCUAUUUGUCCAUGGAUUCACGUAAUAUGGAUCCAAUUUAAAAAUAUAAUGUCUUGACGAGGCUGCUACUUUAUAAAUUAGCCAUUGCACAUGUAGCUCAAAACAUAUAAUGUAUGAUCAUAUUCAUAACGAUAAUAUCGUAUUUUAUACAUUUGUGGCAUUAUCUAUGAAAAGGGACCUCAUUCUCGAUGGCGCUUGCGUCGCGAAGUUGUAUUUGUAUCGGAGCAUCUUUUAUAAUGGCGGAACCGCCUUCGACAAUAAGGUCCCUUGUCAUAGAUAACGUCACAUUUAUUAUCACAAGAAAGUUUUGUUGAUAUUGAAGUCGAUAGAUGGCGUUAUGUAUCCGCAAAAAAUGGACAAAUCUUGAAAAACACCUCUGAAUCCUUUUUUUAAACAUGUAUUGCUAUACUUAUUAAUACCAUAGCUGCAUCUCAUCAGAUACGCCAGAAAAAGAAACUGAGCGAAAUUAACUGUAAGUUUGUCUCACUCUAACAUAUAGAAGAGCCAUGUGGUACAAGAUCGUUAACCUUAUAUCAAUGGAUCAGCGCAUGGAUGAAAAGCAUACUAACGCCAUCUAGCGACUUUUGUAUUCAUCAAACAUAUACAUAUUAACAAAAUAACAUAAAGGAAAGAUAUGAUAAACUAGCGGUAGUGGUAACUUAGGAGUAUAUUUUUACCCAAAAUGUAUAGUGCGACAUAAAAUAGUAGAAAUUAAAUAAAAUAAAACUAAAAAAAUUCCAUACUAAACUGUUGCCAUGUUUAAGCAUUUUACGACAAAAAUGUGGGUGACAUUUACGUGGGAAGUGGCGCCCUUUUAUUUUCUACAAUUUCUUGUCAGACAAUAACCGAAAGGUUAUGUAAGUAUAGUGGAAAUGAGGGCUAUCGUUUUUUUGCUCACCAGUUGGCGCCUCUGUUGAUGGUGGUCCAAAAGACUAAAGAACAGCUGUCAGUCAUUGAAGUGACAAGUGAAAUUUGACAUUUCGAACUAUGGAAAAGACCACCAUCUACACUAGCGCCCCUAGCGGCGAAUUCAUACGCGUUAGCCCUCAUUGUAAAACUGCGGCUUUAAAAUAUUUGAAAAGAGAAUAUAAACCAUUUGUUAACUUAUUGAUUGUAAAGAAAUGUAAAAAAAGACGUGCUUCGAAUUUAAUAGUUUGUAGAUGGCGUUGUACAGUCGCCAUCAGAUAUAUCGGGCGGCCGAGGUGCUCACAAAUAUCUGAACACGCCUGUAUGUACUACAUUUGCGGUAACUCUGGUUCUCAAAAGUUGACUGACAGUCCGUUAUGAUAAAAUAUAUAGCGAUGCACAGAGCCAUCCGUUACAGCUGUUAAAAUCGGAGUACGAUUUUUUCUUUGUCUUUACAACUGUUCUAACAUCAAUCUUUUUGUGAACUAUAAGUGUGUUUAAGGGUGGUUAUUCCAUUUGUCCAAUGUGUAUUUGUAUCUAACAUUCUUAGUGAGAGGGUGAGACGCAAUGCACAUUGGACCAAAAUAUUGGACAGGUGGACAACCUAAAUAAAGUUUCAUUGAUGGCAAAGAUGAGAAAUUGCAUCUACUUUAAAUGAAAAUUUGUGUUUGGUAAAAAGACGGCAGUUUUAUAUAAAACUAGCGAUCCGCCCCGGCUUCGCACGGGUUACACAAAACCUUAACAAAUUGUGACAUUUUCAAAACGUACCACAUCGUCGCAAAAGGUACCACAUUGUCGCUUGUCAAUAAGGUUGAUUUCAAAUUGAAGCUAUAUGGACAUAGCGCCUUAUUGACAACCGACAAAAAGUACCCUUUUGAUUGAGAAUGGCACAAUUAUAUACCUAAACCUUCCUAAAAAAUCUCACUCUAUUGAUAGGUGAAAACCGCAUGAAAAUCCGUUCAGUUUUUUAGUAUCGCGAACAUACAGACACGGCGGGGGGACUUUGUUUCAUAAAGUGUAGGAAACAAGUUUAUACUAAUUUUAGCGGUAACGUUGCAGGAUAGUGCACAAUCUGCUUGUAAAUACGUUUGUUAGAAUUAAGUUUAGUUCACGCGAAGGCGGUUUAGUUUAUUUCCUGACUUUAUAACAUUCAGCUUUAUUUUAUUUUAGUAAAAUUCUACUUAUAGCGUAAGUGGGUCGCGCUUUUAUCGUGUCAUCGUGAACGUCACCUUUUAACAACUAUGUAACUGCAAGACAACACGAUAGACGAUAAACAUUUAACCAUCAUAACAAAUAUUUUCUAAUUAAUACAGCUUUGAUGAUUCAUUUGAAGACAAGUCACAUUUCCUGAAAGUGCAGUCUAAUUUGAACCUUAAAUCGGAAUGCUAAAGUUGAAAUUGUAUUGGCGCGUAUGUGGUCGAUAAAUAUGCCUGAAAAAGCAUUACGUUUCGAUUGGGUUUUUCUAUUUAUGGGUUGUAUGUUGUGAGGUUUUCCAUUGUAUGAAUAUUAUUUAAGAUCUUUGAUUUUGCAUUAAAUAUUCGAAGUUUCUAACUUUUAAAAGUCGCCAUUAUAUAUGACAAAUAUAUAUCAGAGCGAUUUAAAAAUACAUAAAAUAUUAAAAUACGCAACAAGUCAAACUGACCAAGUAUUUUUUACAUUGAUAUGUAGCCGUACUACGAGACACUUGACGUUUACGCACUGUUCGCAUUCCAUCUCGCUCGCACUGCUGUAUUGGUGCGAUAGAGGGAAUGCGAUCGAGUUCACGUAGUCGCUAAUGUAAAUGUCAAAUGCCAACUCGUGGUAGCCCUGCUUGUCAGUUGUUGCAUGUAGCUGAUAGUUGAAAUACGACUUAUUUUCACAGAUCUUAUGAAAAAGGUCAUAUUUUCCUACAUCAAGUAAUCGGUUUAUUUUAUUAAAUGAUUGAUAAAUAAAUAUCAAUAUCACAGCCGAUAUGAUUAUAUCAGUCAAAUUAUUUCACAAGUCUGUAAUUAUUUUUAAGGUUACCUCGGAAGUUAUUUCACUAUUUAGUUGUCUAUGCCACUAUAUAUAAAUGUGACGUUUUCAACCAAAAGGUACCACAUUGUCGCUUGUCGAUAAGGUUGAUUUCAAAUUGAAGCUAUAUGGAAAUAGCGCCUUAUUGACAACCGACAAUAAGUACCCUUUUGGAUGGAAAUGGCACAAAUUACAAGAUAUGAAGAAUUGGAGGUGGUGUAUCUAUGUAAUUUAUGUAUCGUGAUUUAUGGUGGUUUAACAGUGUUUUUGUACUGAUAAUACCAUGCACAUGCCAUUUUUAACCAAAAGUGUACUUAUUGUCGCUUGUCAGUAAGGCGAUAUUUCCAUAUAGCUUCAAUUAGAAAUCAACCUUAUCAACAAGCGACAAUGUGGUACCUUUUGGUUGAAAACGUCACAUAUAAACAAGUAUGGUCGUCAGGUGACAACCAAAACUCACUGUUUACUACCACAAGUUAAUAGCCAUAGUGAAUCAUAUUAAUACCUAAAUAAGGUUGAUUUUUGUUUAAUUAUUUUUUAGUAAUUAGUGAGUUUUGGUUGUCACCUGACGUGAGGGCCUAAAACACUAUUCGAUGUGACUGUACAGUAUAAUACCGACAAUUGGUAUCGUUGUGUUCGGUAGACUCUACUGAGUACGAAAUAACAACUUGUCACUUUCUAACUGUGGGAGGGAUAACUGUGACGUCACAAAAUCGGCAGUACAAAGCUCUUAACUUUUUUCUUUUAAACAUACCAUGUGGGGUACCAAAUGAAAGGGCAUUGUGAGUAGAUUACAAAUAUAUAACAUAGUCUAACAUUUUCAAUACUUGGUCUAACAAAUUAUUAGAAAAUGAGCAAAAAUUCACAAUUCAGAGUUGACUUUGAACUGCUCUAAAUUGAAUAUGGCUGAAUGGAUUAGUCCAAGUAUUAUACAAUAUGACUGUGAAUAUCCUUUUAUAUCAUGUCUAAAAAUAAUUAACCAGAUAUAUCCAAAAAUAAGAAAAGUACAUCAAGUUGAAUAACACUAUAAUUUUCUGUUAUACUAUCUAUACCAAAAUAAAUACAUACAUUAGACCAGAAAAUUAUACUGUUAUUUAACUUCAUGUACUUUUCUUAUUUUUGGAUAUAUCUGUUUAAUUAUUUUUAUGUAUAAUAUAGAGGAUAUUCACAGUCAUUGUAUAUAAAUUUUGGACUAAUCCAUUCAGCCAUUUUCAAUUUAGAGCAGUUCAAAAUCAAUUCAGGAUUGUGAAAUUUUUGAGCGUUCUCUAUUAAUUUGUUAGACCAAGUAGUGAAAAUGUUAGACUAUGUUAUAUAUUUGUAAUCUACUCACAAUACCUUUUCAUUUGGUACCCCACAUGUAUGUUUAAACGAAAAAAGUAAAAACUUUGUACUGCCGAUUUUGUGACGUCACAGUUACCCUCCCCCCACACUGUUAGAAAGUGACAAGUUGUUAUUUCGUACUCAGUAGAGUCUACCGAACACAACUAUACCAAUUGUCGGUAGUAUACUGUACAGUCACAUCGAAUGGUGUUUUAGGCCCUCUGGCCGCUGUACAUACAUCCUUGUAUUUCCUAAAAAGUCGAACUAUUGAACAUUUAACAUGCGCAUUUGACAUUGUAUCUAUCUUAUAGCGUAUUCCAUUCAGACCUUGAAGUAAGUAUAUAAAAAAAAAUGGAAUAAUAUGUGAUGUUCCACGCUAAAGGUACCACAAGGCGGUUAGCGCUUAAGUACGUCGCGUAGCACCCCAUUAAUAUCGGAGCGUAGAUACAUUAAUAACGUAAGUGCCGACCGCCAUAUGGUACCUUUAUUUGUGGAACGCCACAUCGAUCGUCACAUGAUUUUCACGUACAUUAUUUUAAGAUCCGAACGAAAUAGACUAUAAAUAUGUAAGUGUAUCUAUGACUGUUUGACUUUAGUAUGAAAUACUGGUUGGUUGAUUUGAUAAGUUUGCUAUUCGUUAUCCAGAUUUAAUGAUCGAUAAUUGAUUAUGUUAGCUUUCUUAUACCUUAAGAGUCCCGGGCAAGCUCGGCCGAAUUGCACCUUUUCAUACAAACGUAGUUCCGCUCUCAUUUUAAAACUACGUGUUGGAUUGUAAUGAAACUUUGUACAUACAAUGACAUGAUAUCUAGGUCUGUAAUUAGUUUAUAUAGCUCCAGUUUAUAAAACAAACGAAAUAGACCAAAAACAAGUUGUUAUAAAAAGCUUAAAUUCGCUGUAUUUUUUUAACUAUGGUAUCUGAAGCUACAUUAACUAAUUACAGACAUAGAUAUACCUUAUCAUAUUGUAAGUACAAAAUUUCAGAGCAAUCUAGCUAGUCGUUUUAAAAUGAGAGCGUAACUACGUUUGUAUGGAGAACCGAGCUUGCCGGGGACCCUUAAGGCCAAGCGCGCACUACGAUUUUAAUUUUUGCGACACGAUUUUAGAAUCCCGCUGUAAAUUCUUGUCGUAUAUGCGCGCACUGACAUAUAAACGCAUACGUUGCAUUUUUGCGACAAAAUUAUCAUACGACAAAUAAUUAUAGUGCGCGCUUGGCCUAAUAUUCAUAAUAUAAAUAUCUGAAUCUGAAUUUAAAAAUAUAAAUAAUAUUUUUAAAUUAAGAGGAAAAAUUACUUCUGCUACUAAUUUACGUUUAAUUAUGUUAUAAUGUUGAGAUGUAUUCCCUGUAUUAGUCUUGUCAGGGGGCCUAGGCAUUAUGACGAUCGUUCGCAGAGAAACGAAACCCUAUAUCUAUCCAAAGAUAGAUAUAACUCCGUAAUAGAUGGAUACAGUCUAAGGAAAAAACGUGCCUCGAAAAUCAAGAAAAUUUGGUUCUCGAUCAGAGGGUGCUACUAGCUUUGGCCUACUGUCGUAUAGAUGGCGUUGACGGUUUCGUUUAUUAUUUAACAAUUUUAACGCAUAUCAGUGAUAGAACAUGGGUCAAAAUCGUAAAAAUAAUUAAUGCAAAUAAAAAAAAUCAUUUAUCCAUAUUUAAAUACAUUUUAUCGUAUUUUUAUAAAUCUUCAUUUUUAGUUUUAAGGUGUGUCGAUAGAUGGCAGUGAAUUUACUGGGGUUACAAAAUUUACUAUGACAGUACCGCUCUAUAAUAUUAUAUCCUCUUUGAUCUAUCUAUCUCUAAUAUUAUAUCCUCUUUGAUCUGAAGAGUGAGCGUUUCGCUUCGUUUUCUGCAAACGAUUGUCAUCUAGGCCCCCGGUUACUGUCUUCUUCUGUGAUUGGUUAUAUACUGGUGUGGAACUAUAGUCUGCAUCUUCUCAAAUAUUUUUUACGCCUAAAGCGAGGUUUAGACUAGCAAGAACUUGCAUGCAAUAUUCGUUACAUUGCGGUAUCUGAUCAACCUUUUGAAUACAGUUUACUUUAGUAGUCGGAAAUGUAACUUAAAUUGCAUGCAAGUUCUUGCUAGUCUAAACCUCGCUUUAGACGGUAAUCUGUUAAAUAAAAGCUAUUGUUUCUUUUGUGCGAGCAGUCGGCCAUUGUGUGCCAUUGCGCAGGGCUUGUUAACGUUACCAAAUUCACAUUAUAAGUAACGUUAGGUAACGGUACUAUCAUAAAAAUACCUACAUACCGGUAGUAAAUUUUAACGUUACGUUUACCUAGUUAACGUUACUUUUAUCGGUAAUUUUACUUUUUAUUGCAUGGCUCGUUAACGUUACCCAAUUCAGGCCAAUUCACAUUAUAAUAACGUUACCAAAGUAACACUAUUUUAAUCGGUAAUGCUAGGUUGCCACACCGCGCUACCGAUAGACGCGCGCGCGCCGCGUAGCGAGGCGCUGGUAAAAUGGCGUUGUUGCCAGCUAGCCAUUUCGUACACUGUCUGUAUUUGGCGAUUUUUUACCGGUAAAGAGUAGUAUAAGUAACGGUACAUGGUUUAACGUUAAUUACAAUUUAACGUUAAAUCUGUCUCCCAGUGGUAACGAUACUAACUUUGUAACGGUAUUUAAAGUAUAAGUAACGGUACAUGGUUUAACGUUAAUUACAAUUUAACGUUAAAUCUGUCUCCCAGUGGUAACGAUACCAACUUUUUAACGGUAUUUAAAGUAUAAGUAACGGUACAUGGUUUAACGUUAAUUACAAUUUAACGUUAAAUCUGUCUCCCAGUGGUAACGAUACCAACUUUUUAACGGUAUUUAAAGCCCUGCCAUUGUGUCUGACAAUGGCACGCGCCGAAGCACGCGCUCAGACACAAUGGCCGACCGCUCCUUUAAAAGAAACAAUGGCUUAAAAAAAAAAGAUUAGGGUCUUAGACGUAAAAAUAAUUUGAGGUGAUUCAAACUAUAAUUUUCGUAUGGGUCUGUUAUGUGCAAUAACAACUACACUAGGUUCGCGAAUACUUUCUAUAGAAUACAGGAAAAAGUCAGAGAAUUUGUUUUUUUUAUCAGUUCCUUUUGAACGUUAUUGUGAACCUUGUCGCAAUGCACGAAGGUUGAUAUUGGACUGUAGCCACGCGUCAGUGUUAAAGAUCUCAUGAAGAGAAAAGUGGACGGCCGUUUCUCCAUACAAACGUAGUUCCCAUUUUCCUCUCCGGCUAUUGACAUUAUGGAAAAUAUUUUUACAUAAUUUGAUGUAUAUUAACCAUAGCUAUUGAAAUUGAAAUUCUUUAUUUAGAACUUGACGUCCAUAGGGUUAGGUCAUACAAUAACUUAAUCUAGAGUUAGUAUUACAAUUAAUUAGAAAUAACAAACAAUUGGACAAAACAAACAGAACAAAACAUUACAUAACAGAACAUUACAUUUAUAACUUUCGCAGCGGAGCAGCAACAGGUGCGUGUAGCUGCAUGUACCGCUUGACUAGGGGCGAGUCCCAACGCUGCGCCAGCGUACUUAGGAUGCUGUUCGUGCUGUUGCGGCUGCGAUUGAGGAGUGACGCGCAUCGCUUCUUCAUGAUGGCAAAAAAACAGUCUGUUUGAGCCUCGGCAAACGUCGCUGAGGCACUACAAUACCGCGGCAACCUGAACAGCAUCCUAAAUGCAUCAUUGUAUUGAACACGCAAAGCGCCCUACUAUGCCCCAACUUCAGAAUUUUUCGAUUUUAUUAUUGUACAAGUUAGGAGGGAAAAACAGAUUUCAUACAAAUUUUUAAAUGCUCAUAACUCUUGUAAUAAUAAAUGAAAAUAAAAAAUCAAAGGUAGGGGCAUAGCUGUGGUCGAUAUUCGACAAAUUGUGUCAAAAUAUUUUCAAUAAUGUUAAUAGCCAAAGAGGAAAAUGAGGACUUCGUUUGUAUGAAAAGGCGAUUUCGCGCGGGUCCUCCACUUUCGUCUUAAGACAAAAAAUAAGCAAAUUUCAAUUAUUUAAAAGUUAUAGUAAUAAAUACGGAAUUUUGAUUGAAAUAAAACAAUAUUUCCACUUUCAAAUAUUUAAUUGUAUGAUUAAUUUGUACAAACUAAACUUACGUUCGUCACUCCUUGCCUUGUACAGUCAACAGCAGAAGUAGCUAAACGGAAAAGUGGUUCAAAAUAAACUAAACACAACAGUUAUUAAGAGGAUAAUAGCGUGUGUAGAUCAUUUUGGUCUGACCUGCUUAACCACUUCUGUCACUGAAUGUAAUUCACAUCACAGAAUAAAUAAUAGUACUUGGUACAGAAGGUUCACUCUCUAACAAAACGCGUCUUACGACAGAUAUGACCGCUAGGUGGCGCAAGCGCGAGCAGGCGUCCGUUCCGUAGCGGUGCGCGGCAACUACUAUGGCUAGACACCAAAAUUGGUGUGGGCCGCAUGUACUUGUAGCGACGCGACGAAAUCGCGGAGUGAGCCACGCCUGGCCUAACUCCAAUAAAAUAAGAAAACUAAUAAAACACUGCCAUACACUGUUUCAUACAAAUAUGUGCUUUAGCUGAGAAGGUUAAACUAAAACUAUACUAAUUUGUAACUAAAUUGAUCAAAUAUACUAACUAGCUAACGAAUAGCCAAUGUAUGUCUUCAAUAACACGUUAAUGGCAGAAUGGCUUAAGCGAAAAUAUAAACCCGAAGAACCUAUUCAAAAUAUAUUAUUUUUCUGAAAGCAUGUUUCUAUGUUAAUUUUAGGAUACACCAGAUAAGGCAUCUCGUUCUAUCAAGUAUUGUAAGAAAGAGAAGCAUUAUGCGAAACCAAAGACCUAUGUAACUCCGUAUAAGAUUAAUAAAGUCUAAGGGAAAAACGUGCCUCGGAAUCCAAGAAAAAUUGAUUCUUGCAUAGAUGGCGUUGACGGCAUCGCUUGUUAUUUAACAUCAGUGAAAAAACAUAUGUCAAAAUCGUAUAAAAAUAAUAAAUACAAAAAAGGAAAUCAUUUAUAUAUAAUUUUUUUCGUAUUUUUAUACAUUUUAAUUUUUAGUUUUAAUCGUGUGUCGAUAGAUUGCAGUAAAUUUACUGUGACUACAAAAUUUACUAUGACAGUAACUCUCUAUCCUAUAUAUUAUCUUUGGCUAAACCAAGCAUUUUUAUACCCCAAAUACUAAAAUGACUGUUUACUAGAAAGAGGUGCCUUAUAAAAAAAUAUGACUGAAAUGAAUUUUUUUUUGAUUUUCUUAAUGUAACUAAUGGAUGGUUUCUUAAAGAAAACUGGCGCAUACUCCACCGACAAGAGCCAUGCUCUUAAAUUAUGAUGAUGAAUGUAACUUACUAAAAAUAUACAAUUUUUUAUACAUAAAUUACUAUCGCUUAAGCAAUUCUGCCUGACAAUGUAUAAGGUAGUCUUAAGUUCGUGAGGAGUUUAUUUAAGUUCUUAUUUGUUUAAGUACAAUGACUAAUAGUACUGCAAGUAUGUAUCUGUACAUAGUAGCGUAAGUACUCGUUAGUAAUUAAACUGAGUUCACUAUA